AUGACGCUCAUAUGUCUCUACGGUCUACCUGCAUCCGGCAAAACUACGCUCGUUCGACGAAUUUCCGAGAGAAUAUCAACAAAUGUCUUCUCGUUCGACCUGCUGCCGAUUGAGUCAACGAUUUACGCGGAGUACCGGAAGAAAUGUGAGCAAGAAGUCAGGCAUUAUUUGGAACUACACAGCGAAACGAUAAGAGGCAAGAAAGCGGUGGUCAUUGUCGAUGAUGUAUGCUACCUGAGGAGCAUGAGAAGAGUCUUUCACCGAAUGGCCAACAAAUUUGGGCUGAAUUUCGUCUCAAUUUGUGUAAGCUGCAGUUUGGCAGAUUGUUUGACACGAAAUGCCAAAAGACGGUCCCCACAGCAAGUUGAGGAGCAAACGAUUCGCAGACUUAAUGAAGCAUUAGAGAUUUCGGAUGAUUCGUGGAUCUACAAUGAGAACUUGGAUGACUUGAUGAAUUACGUUAAUUCAUUGCCGUUACUGGACCUACCCACUACGGAUUUACCCUCGCAUGAUGGCCAAAACUCUGUUUGUGACGUCGAUAUGAUCUCUCGAGAAGCCGUUGCAAAAAUACGAUUGAGUUUCGAGUCGUUUGAUGGAAGAACGAUGAGUCAACUGAGGAAAGAAUUUGUUGCCGAGUUUAAAAAGAAGAAGAUAACAUUUGAAGAUGCAUCGGACUUGCUUUUGGAACGGUACAAGCUAAAGGUCGGA